AUGCUGUGGCAGCAUAUUUGCCAGUUCAGUCAGAAGCUGGUUCGCAGGCGGCCCCUGGAGCUGAAGGCGGGGUCUGACACCCGCCUGGCCCGUUGUCUGAGCACCCUCGACCUGGUGGCCUUUGGUGUGGGCAGCACCCUCGGGGCAGGCGUGUACAUUCUGGCUGGGGAAGUGGCCAAGGACAAGGCUGGGCCGGCGAUUGUCCUCUGCUUCUUGGUGGCUGCCGUGACUUCAGUGUUGUCUGGGCUCUGCUACGCGGAGUUUGGGGCCCGGGUACCGUGCUCCGGUUCUGCCUAUCUCUACAGCUACGUCACGGUGGGACAACUGUGUGCCUUCAUCACUGGGUGGACCCUCAUUCUCUCCUAUGUCAUUGGGAGCGCCAGUGUGGCCAGGGCAUGGAGCUCCUCGGUGGACAGCCUGGCUGGGAACCGCAUCUCGCAGGUGCUGCGGGAAAGUAUGCCUCUGCGUGUCCCCCACCUGGCCAGCUACCUGGACUUCUUCUCGCUGGGCCUGGUGCUGCUGCUCACCGGUCUGCUGGUUCUGGGGGCUAGUGAGUCAGCCCUGGUUACCAAGAUGUUCACGGGCAUGAACCUUCUGGUUCUCAGCUUCAUCAUCCUCUCUGGCUUCAUCAAGGGCGAUCUGCAUCACUGGCAGCUCACGGAACAGGACUACAACUUGGCCAAAUUGGGAUCCAACGACACCUCUAGCUUGGGCGCUUUGGGCGCUGGAGGGUUUGUGCCUUUCGGCUUUGACGGGAUCCUCCGUGGAGCAGCUACGUGUUUCUAUGCGUUUGUUGGCUUCGACUGCAUUGCCACUGCGGGGGAAGAAGCCCGAAAUCCUCAGCGUUCCAUCCCCCUGGGCACCGUGAUCUCGCUCUUCAUCUGCUUCCUGGCCUACUUUGGUGUCUCGGCGGCGCUCACCCUCAUGGUACCCUACUACCAGAUCCAUUCCGACAGCCCCCUGCCAGAGGCUUUUCUCUAUGUUGGGUGGGCCCCUGCCAGAUAUGUCGUGGCUGCUGGGACCCUCUGUGCCCUUACAUCCAGCCUCCUGGGGUCCAUGUUCCCCAUGCCUCGGGUGAUUUUCGCAAUGGCUGAGGAUGGGCUCCUUUUCCGGGGACUUUCCCGGAUCCACGCCCGCACGCAAACCCCCGUCAUAGCCACUGUCGUUUCUGGAAGUCUUGCAGCGAUCAUGGCGUUCCUCUUCGAGCUCAACGAUCUCGUGGAUCUCAUGUCAAUUGGGACCCUGCUUGCUUACUCCCUGGUGGCCUUUUCUGUGCUUGUCCUCAGGUACCAGCCAGACCAGACUUUAAGCAAGAAUGAGAAAACGGAGGUGGAAAUUACGGAGACAAAGCCGAAGCUUGAAGCAAGUUCUUUGGAAUCCAUCCCUGAAGCAGGGAUCUCGAAGACUCUAAAAAGUCUGUGUAACCCUGGGAUCGCCGUCCCCACUCGGCAAUCUGGCCAGAUUGUCUACGGGUGUGCCUUACUGCUGGCUCCCCUGCUGACCACCCUGAGCCUGAUCCUGGCCCGGUGGUCUAACCUUCUGGUCUCUGGAGACCCAGUGUCCACCACGGUGACUGGGCUGCUGCUGCUGCUCAUUGUGGGGGUCACUUUCAUCAUCUGGAGGCAGCCCCAGAACCCGACUCCUCUUCACUUCAAGGUUCCUGCUCUGCCUGUCCUCCCGCUGAUCAGCAUCUUUGUGAAUGUCUACUUGAUGAUGCAGAUGACCUCUAUGACCUGGGUCCAAUUUGGCAUCUGGAUGACGAUUGGCUUUGCCAUAUACUUUGGAUAUGGGAUCCAGCACAGCUUGGAGAAGACCAGUGAUCAACAGCCACCACCCUCAAGCUCUGAAACUCUUGACAAAUCUACCUCUAAGUGCGAAUCAGUGUAA